CAUAAAUCUAUCACAGAUGAGAAGAAAACCUUGCUAAGAAAUAUGGUUACUGCAAAUGAUACUCAAAAAAAAUCUGACAGAAAUAGCUCUAUUCUGAUAGACAUUAUCUUGGUUAAGCCAAUCACCCUAUCAAGCAACUAUGGGAAAAGUAUACCAAUUAACACCAAAAAUUCUGCUUGUAAAAGAUAUCUAACUAAACACGAAGAAACAAAUAUGUCAACUAACAAUGAGAUUGAGAUUAGUCAAAACCAGGAAAUGUUAUUAAAUGAUUCUGUAGAAGUUUUGGAAAAAGUGCAAGCCCACUUCCAAAAGCAAUUCAUAAGCAAAAAAAAUAGCCAUAUAGAGGCUAAGAAACUUUGGUCUGAUGAGUACCAAUCCAAAAAAAGAAUUCAAGAGUCUUGA